AAAAGGUAUAUAACUAGCGCUGCGUUUGUUAAACACGUAUAAAACAAAACCAAUACUCAAAUCUUGAACUGUAUUGCAGUAUAUUUACUAUUAAUUAAAUCCUAUUAUAACUACUGGUUAUCAUCGGUGAGAGACAAUGGCUUUGGACCUCUUCUCCCCGCACCGGUCGGGCCGUAACUAUUGGGAUGUGUGGCGAUGGCCGGAGAACCUAAGCGGACAACACUUCGGGCUCGACGUGAACGAGAUGUUGGCGGCCGGGGGUCUCCGUAGCGGCACCGGUGGGUCGCAAGUGGUGAACGCCGGCGACCGGUUCGCCGUACGACUCGCCUGUCAACACUUCACGCCGGAAGAGAUUACCGUCAAAGUGGUCGACCAUCAGCUCGUCAUACACGGCAAGCACGAGGAGCGCACCGACAGUCACGGAUGGAUUCAACGAGAAUUUACGCGCCGGUAUGUAUUGCCCGAUGGUUGCGAUCCUGAAAAAGUGGUGUCCAGUUUGGAUGCGAAGGGCAUACUGUCCAUAAAGGCGCCCAAAAAGGCUGUGCCCCCACCGGACAACAACGAGCGUGUUGUUCCCAUUACCGUAUUCCCGCGCGACCCCCGGCAUGCCGUUAUAAGUGACGCUGAUGAAUACAAAAAUAACUUAAUGGUACUCCAUCGGCACGCCGGUAUAAAGUGAGCCACAUAUUUAUGAAUGGUCACGCAUAGGGUGGAACCAAAGCGAUUCUGGUAUUAAUUUUACUUAUAUUUAUUUUUUUGCAUAAACCUAUUUAUUCAACAAAAAUAAACAGUAAAAUGUUACAAUUAUAAAGAUAUUUGGUUUUAAUUUAUUUUUAAUAUAACAAAAUAUUAAUAAUUUUAAAAUUAGUAAGAUCGUAUUUUAGACCUCACUUAUUGUACCCCGGGGUAAAACGGCAGUCUCAUCAAACUCACUUUACACCGGCAUGCCGGUGGUUGCGCGAGAAUACGGUAAUAUUAAAAAGUGAACAUGAUCAUGUUGACCUCGAGCUGAGUGAUACUUGACAGUCAUGUUUUAAUUUUUAAUGAAAAAUCACACUGGUAUUUAUUGCACUGAUAUUUAUUAAUUACUGUACAUAAUAACAAUUGUAUUUAUAGUACAGUAUAUCAAUAUAUAAAUUAUGUUUUUUCCAAAUUAGUGUUUACAGUUAGUAUAAUAAUUACUUUGAAUUAAUUUUAAUUAACCUCG